AUGACUUCUGAAAAUCCGGAUGUACUUUUAUCUAGGGUGAUAAAUGUGGUGAGAGCAGCAUCAUCGUUAGCCAGUCAAGAUGUAGACUUUUACAAGAAUUUAGACAGGGGAUUUAGUAAAGAUCUGAAAUCAAAAGCAGACAAACUUGCGGAUAUGGCGAAUGAAAUAAUCCUCUCUAUUGAUGAGCAUCAUGAAUCAUUUGAACUUAAAGAAGAGGACAUUUCUGACUUGUGGAACAACUUUGGAAACAUCAUGGAUAAUUUGUUAGAAAUGUCAGACCAUUCGCUGGAUAAGCUGAAUUGUGCAAUAAACUCAAAGUCAAGAGGUUCCGAUCUUCAGUAUUUAGGCGAAUUUUCAGGAAAGAAUUUUUCUCCCACCAAAAGAGUCGAAAAACCUCAGUUGAAAUUUAAAAGUCCAAUUGAUAACAGCGAAAGUCAUCCGUUCAUACCUUUAUUGAAGGAAAAACCAAAUGCUUUGAAGCCACUCUCUGAGAGUUUGAGGUUGGUUGAUGAUGAUGAAAAUAACCCCAGUCACUACCCCCAUCCUUAUGAAUAUGAGAUUGAUCAUCAAGAGUAUAGUCCAGAAAUUCUCCAAAUUAGAGAGGAGAUUCCCUCAAAAUCCUGGGAUGAUUCGGUACCAAUUUGGGUAGAUACAAGUACAGAACUCGAAUCAAUGUUGGAGGACUUGAAAAAUACGAAAGAGAUUGCCGUUGAUCUUGAGCAUCACGAUUAUAGGUCAUACUAUGGUAUUGUUUGCCUCAUGCAAAUUAGUACAAGGGAAAGGGAUUAUUUAGUUGAUACUCUAAAACUUCGCGAAAAUUUACAUAUUCUGAACGAAGUGUUUACGAACCCUUCAAUUGUGAAAGUUUUUCACGGUGCAUUCAUGGAUAUUAUUUGGCUUCAGCGAGAUUUAGGUUUGUAUGUCGUUGGUCUCUUCGAUACUUACCAUGCGUCUAAAGCAAUCGGUCUUCCUAGACAUAGUUUGGCCUAUCUUUUGGAGAAUUUUGCCAAUUUUAAAACUUCAAAGAAAUAUCAGUUGGCUGACUGGCGUAUAAGACCGCUUUCAAAACCCAUGACGGCAUAUGCUAGAGCAGAUACUCACUUUUUACUAAAUAUAUAUGACCAGUUGAGAAACAAACUUAUCGAGUCUAAUAAGUUAGCAGGUGUUCUUUAUGAAUCAAGAAAUGUCGCAAAAAGAAGGUUUGAAUAUUCAAAGUACAGACCACUGACACCUUCUUCAGAAGUUUAUUCUCCAAUCGAAAAAGAGAGUCCUUGGAAAAUAUUGAUGUAUCAGUACAACAUACCACCUGAGAGGGAAGUAUUAGUAAGAGAGCUAUACCAAUGGAGAGAUCUUAUUGCAAGAAGAGACGAUGAAUCGCCACGAUUUGUUAUGCCAAACCAGUUAUUGGCUGCACUUGUCGCAUAUACACCUACUGAUGUCAUAGGUGUUGUUUCUUUGACCAAUGGCGUAACUGAACAUGUCCGCCAGAAUGCAAAACUAUUAGCUAAUUUGAUAAGAGAUGCAUUACGAAACAUCAAGAACACCAAUGAGGAAGCUACUCCCAUUCCAUCUUCCGAGACCAAAGCAGACGGAAUAUUGUUGGAGACUAUAAGUGUUCCUCAAAUCCGUGAUGUUAUGGAAAGGUUUUCGGUGUUGUGCAACAGCAAUAUUUCCAAGAGCCGAGCCAAGCCUGUCACUAAUUCUUCUAUUCUGUUGGGUAAGAUUUUACCACGUGAGGAGCAUGAUAUUGCAUAUAGCAAAGACGGCUUGCCAAAUAAAGUGAAGACGGAAGAUAUCAGGAUCCGAGCACAAAAUUUCAAGUCUGCCUUAGCAAACUUGGAGGAUAUCAUAUUCGAAAUAGAGAAACCUCUCGUUGUUCCUGUCAAGCUAGAGGAGAUUAAGACAGUAGACCCUGCGAGCGCACCUAAUCACUCGCCUGAGAUUGAUAAUCUUGAUGAUCUUGUUGUUUUAAAGAAGAAAAACAUUCAAAAGAAACAACCAGCAAAGGAAAAAGGUGUAACGGAAAAAGAUGCUGUGGAUUAUUCAAAAAUUCCGAAUAUCUUAUCUAAUAAGCCUGGCCAAAAUAAUAGACAACAAAAGAAAAGGAGAUUCGACCCAUCAUCUAGCGAUAGUAAUGGACCAAGGGCAGCUAAAAAGAGGAGGCCUGCCGCCAAAGGUAAGAAUCUGUCAUUUAAAAGGUGA